CUGGCAAUGACGCUGUGGCUUGUGGCUGGUAAGUAAGAGCUCACAUGAAUCCGGGAUGGAUGCUCCUCGCCAUAUUCGAAUGUGUGUGAGAUUGACAGAUCCGGGCUGCCCCAAGGGCGUCGUGUGUCGGCUGGUGGCCGAGCAGCUGCGAAUCGAUGUCGAGAUCGCGCAAGGUACGGAGUGGGAGGGCAGCGGGAGGCCACCCACGCAGCCCUCGCUCACGUGCCUGUGUAUCCAUUUGUGUGGUUGCAGGCGAUGAGUGGCCAUUUGACACCAGCGGCUGUUACUUUCUCGUCCACGGUGACGGCUGUGAUGGACAUACUCACUCAUCUGGUCUGAGUGAUGCGUGCGUUAAUGCAGGCAACAGGGAGAGGCCCUUGCUCAUCGGGCCAGACGAGGAUUCGCUGCUCGCCGGUGUGCAUGACAUCGUCAAGUAGGCACACACACACGUGUUCUUGAAGGGGGAUGUGUGUGUGUGUGUGUGGUGCUCCUGUGGCUGCUAUGACUGACGUGUGUCUGUAGGUAUCUGUCCCUGACGGCCCUCCAGCGCCGCAUGGCGGCCAUCCCCCCACUCCCUCCCCCCUCCCCGCUCAAGAGGAUCAUGAGAGAGGAGCAGCCGCUGAACAAGCUGGGCCGAGCGUUGGCUGCGUGCAUCCCGUGCUGCAGGUGCGUAAGGCACAACACGACUGGUGCACAUCAGGUCGGUCGUCUUGUUCUGUUCGUUCUGUUUUGUGCGUGUAGAUGAGAAUUAUCGCCGGCUGCAAUUACCCUGGCUGCCAAAGACCUGGGUGAGUCACACCUAUGACGCUCAUGGCACCUUGACACACACAUGUAUGUAUAUUAUGUAUGGUGUGGAUUGUAUGUAUAUUAUGUAUGGUGUGGUAUGCGUUUCUGUGUGAUGCCGUCUGUUGGGUGCUUGCCAGCCAGUUCGCCACCAGAUACAGCAGCAUGGAAUGACUUCUCCCCACCAGCAGCAGCAGCCACUGAAGUCGAGACGACGAGACGAAGGAUGUCGCCCCUGCAGCCCGGCUGCUCCUUCUUCUCCUCUGGCUGCUGCUGAGCCAGAGCUGCGGUCUCCUCUUUCUUGGCCGUCUCCUCCACCACUGCUGCAGAGGGGGCCGAGGCCGCCUCUUUCUUGACCUCUUCCUUGCCGCCGCCGCCGAAGAUGGAUAGCGACUCCCAGCAGCCGCACAGGUCAAUCAAGUCCAGUCAUCGGCUGUGACGUCGAGACCGUCGCCAAAGUGUCGAGCGGCAGAGGCGGCUGGCGCGUGCUGCAGGCGGUGUUCCACGUGCCGCCAAAGCCCGUCGGGUGUGGACUGAUGAGUACGGCAGGCGGAGAGCAUUCUACUAGCCAGCCACAUAUGGGUGAGGGGGGGGAUGGGCGAGGUAUGAGUGGGGCGGUAGAGAGAGACAGGGAGGUGACCAAUGAUCAGCAGCCUUGAAGGGGGCGGGGCAGCGUCGUAGGUGAGUGUUGGCACGAUGAGCUUGUAGUGGAUGAGCGAGAGUAUACAGACAGACAGACAGACAGGUGGCAGUACUUUCCACAGGAAGGGUGCUGCCUUGCCUUUCUGCCUUACUUGCCACCUUAGCUGAAUCCAUCCAUUGGGGUGCUACACAUUAGGUCGUCUGUCUGUCUGUCUGUCCCGCCCUUUAAGUGUACGAUAUCUCUGCACUCACUUUGGUAUUUCCAAUCGGCCACUUGCUCGUCUUUGCUUUUUGAAUGAGUCAGGUGCAUCGAAUACAUAUGUAUGGUGCGGCGGGUGAGGAGGUACCUCGGUAUCAUGGCAGUGCCUUUGUUGGCGAGGGCAUAUGCACCUGCCUGGUGUCGUCAUUCCGUUUGAGCCGACAUUGAGAUCUAUGCGGUGACCCUGACGGACGGAUGCCUGCAUGAUCGACACUGCAUGACUUGCCGGUGCGUUCAUGGAACAGUUGCCACUCCAGGCAGAAAGACACCCGUCCAUGGCCUGAGAAUGACCGGCCGCUCACUCGUUAUCUGUGUCACCCUUUGUCGCUGUCGG